CACAUACGUGGACAAAAAAUUUCAGCUUAAAAAGAUGCACAUCACAUCACAUCACAUUUUCGAAAUAACUUGACAACGCUGACAGCUGAUCCACAGGCAUCCACAAGAGCGCACAGGAGCAACACGCACAAACGUGACUCCUUUUUCCAUAGUCCUCAAGUUUUCCACAAGAUAGCAUGCCAUUCCAAAUGCGGCCUUUGAUCCUUCCCAUGUGGCGACGGGGUGAGGGAAACAACCAGCCAGCAAGAGCUGAUGCAAUACGGCAGGCAACACGGAAGGAGUGAAUUUGUGGCAGAUGAACGAUCAUUUUGACGUCUAAAUUUGAGUCGAGCACGUGAAGGAGCCUUUCCACGUAUUUCAUCAGUGAUACUUGGCGUUUUCUACUAAAAUGACGGAAGAAGAGGCAAUAUUUGAUCCUUUAAUGAAGAAGAAGAGAAAGAAGAAGAAGACAGCUUUUGACAUUGAUGCAGCUUUGGCAGAAGGUGGCACAGAAGCUAAUGAAAAUUCUGAAUCUGUUGGUGCAGGUGAUAAAGAAAACCAAGAACCAGUGAAAACGGAAAACGAGAAGAAUGAGAAAAAUGAGAGCAAAGAUGUUGAUAUGGAUGAUACCAACUUUGAUUUUGAAAACUGUAGCAAAAAGAAAAAGAAGAAAAAGAAGCCUUUUAACAUGGAAGACUUAGAUGGAGCACUACCUGAUAUGGGUUCGAAGUCAAAAGAUGAAGGAUCUGCAGAAGCAGAGGCAGCCCAAGAUGAAGGAGUGGUUGAUGACAAUUUUGACCUUGAUAUGGAUUUCUCGAAAACAAAAAAGAAGAAAAAGAAGAAGAAGGAUGUUGAUGAACUUUUGGCUGAAAGUGAAGCUAAUAAAGCAGAGGACAAAGAUAAUGUAUUUGCAUUAUUUGCUCUUACAUGCUGCACUGAGGUGGAAAAAUUCCCAGAGCCUGUAGAAGAUAGUGUUACUGCUUGGGCAAGUGAAGAUAGAGAUUAUACAUACGAUGAACUUCUAACAAGAGUUUUUGAAAUCAUGAGGGACAAAAAUCCUGACAUGGUAGCUGGGAAGAAACAGAAAUUUGUUAUGCGACCCCCUCAGGUUGUUCGUAUAGGAACCAAGAAAACCUCGUUUGCCAAUUUUACUGAAAUAUGCAAAACUUUGCAUCGGCAACCUAAACAUUUAUUAGAUUUCUUAUUGGCUGAAUUGGGUACAAGUGGAUCUGUAGAUGGCAAUAAUCAAUUAAUCAUAAAAGGCCGCUUCCAGCAGAAGCAGAUCGAGAAUGUGCUACGCCGAUACAUUAAAGAGUAUGUUACAUGUCAUACAUGUCGUUCACCUGAUACAAUCCUUCAGAAGGACACCCGUCUCUUCUUCUUGCAAUGUGAAAUGUGUGGCUCGAGAUGUUCUGUAGCUAGCAUAAAGUCUGGUUUCCAGGCUGUCACUGGCAAGAGAGCGGCUAUCAGAGCAAAAACUGCUUAGGUGUCACAGUGAAAAAAUGUGUAUUACGUCCUUUGCUAGAUAGUUAUAAACAGUUUUUUGUGUAAAAAGCUGAAAUUUACAGGAACUUCCUGGAUUUUUCUCUAUAUCUGCAUUGUGAAAUAAUACAUUUAUUGAAUAAAAUAUUGUUUGAAAAAAAAUUAUAUCAAUUCCAAAAAGAAAGAUAUAAUAUUUCCAUUUUACAUUAUUGUCAAUUAAACCUAUAUUGCUUUCAUGCUUCAGUUUGUUGUAGUUGAGUCUUAUUGUAAUUAAAAAUAAAGUAUUUGUGUCUUGCUAACAGGAUGGGAGAAAUAAGAGGAAAUAACUUUUUUUUUUUUUUUUUUUUUUCUUUUCCUUU